AUGGCGGUUUGGGUUUCGGGUAAGGUGUGGCAGACUGCUGAAUCCUCAAAUUCUAUCCAUAUCUUCGAAAACUGUAAGAAGACAGAGAGAAGUAAGAUGAGAGUUUUUUUGGUAUACGAUGAAGAUUCGGAGUUAUCCGGUUCCCAGUGUUUUGUCCCCACUUCCCGCGUUCACCACCUGUCUUAA